AUGAUGCGGUAUGUGUUUCUAUGCGCUUUGUGGGCUUUAAUUCAAAAUGCCACUGCGAGAGGUGAAUCCCGAAACUUCGAAGUUGCUUAUCCAAAGCUUCUUGAAAGCAGAAGCCUUUCAAGUGAAAAAGUGAUCCACAUUAAAGAAGGCUUAACACUUAACUUAGAAAAAUGUUCAAUACUCUCAGAAAACUUGGUUCUAACAGACCUCAGUGGCAAGGAGCCAGUUGUAACUCCGAUGAACGGAAAAUAUAUGGAACGUAACCUGUACCAUGACAAAGAGAAAAUGGCGGCGGUUCAGGUGAAGGAGGAGAAUGGAGCUGUGGAAGUGAGUGGUGUCAUCAGCGACACUCUGAGGAUACUUCCUCUUCACCUUAUGGCUCGAGCUGAAGACGGGUCCAUCGCACACAAGAUUUUCCAAGUGGAUGCUCCAGCUCACCGUGGACAUGACUAUGUCGAAACAAGUAACAUUCAGCUGGAAGAGCGAUUUAAUGGACAUCAUUUAAUCCGUCCGAGACAAGUACAAGUUCCAGACCCAUUUUUGAUUGAGACACUGGUUGUCGCCGACAAGUACAUUUACCAAAACUUUGGCGACGAUGAACAGUUUGUAACAUAUAUCGCCACUUCUUUGGCAGCGGUGAAUAUCCGAUAUAGACGCAUAAGAAACCCAAGAAUACAACUGCUCAUAGUAAAUAUAGCUAAGGACCUGGGGUCAGAUUUUCUGCGACAUAUUUCAGUUUCAGAUCCAAGCAACGCCACUAAUACAUUAAAAAUCUAUACCUCAUAUGAAGAGACAUUACCCCGGUUUGCUAUGAAAUACAGGCACGCCACGUGCGACGCAGCGAUGCUCGUCACAGGGUUGGAGCUCGCCGAUCAAGAUGGUGCAGAUAUUUCUACCAAUGUUAAAGGUUUCGCACACCUUGACGGACUCUGCCGAGGACUAUCCCGCGCCUGUAUAGUGGAAGAUGUCGCUCAUACAUACUAUAUGGUAACUGUUGCUGCUCACGAAAUGGGACACUUACUCGGAAUGCCUCACGAUGGGAACAUUCCUGACUACGACUUUCCAAACGUGACAUGGGAACGAUGCUCGGCGACGUCGGGAUAUCUCAUGGCACCUUCACUUCUCACCGAAAAUGAAGGUUUUUUUUCCCACUGUUCCCUGCAACACAUGAGGGUUCUUCUACGACAUCACAGUGAAGGAUGUUUCGAAGUGAAGUCGAAGAAAGCCUUCCAAGCACCUGGCCAACUUCCGGGCGUAGGACUGGACAUGACAGAUUUAUGCAAGAAGCUACAUCCUGACGUCCCUGGAAUAAAGGCCUUAUCUAAGACGAUGUUAUCCAACAAAUGCCAAUUCCAGUGUUACGGAAAGGUGAAAAAUUCCCCAGUUUCCUUCACUGAACGCUUCGUAGAUGGAAUGUCUUGUGGAACUGGAAGGAUAUGUUUCAGAAGCAAGUGUGGGUAUUACAGAACUGAUAUGCCUCCGCUACCGACCUUGCCUAUACCCGAAACGACAACGACCACUCCAAACAAUUCUUCUUACGAUUACGAUGAUGAAGGCUCAGAUUAG